GAGGCGGGGACCAGAUUCCGGCCCGGGACCCUCUCCACCCUCAGCGCUUCCCCUACUUCCGGUUCCUCACUUCUCCGAGCGCGGCAGGGGCGGGACUUCCUGCCUGGCUCGCCCCUUGGGGGCGGGAAGGUUUGAAUCGCCGUUGUUGGCUUCCGUUUUCUCUCCGGGGCCGUCGCUAGCGCUCCCCCCGCCCAGCCCCUCCGACCUGGGGCCUUAUCGCCCUGCGGCUGUGAUUGUUUUUCCUCGAGCAGCUUCACGCGUUAAAAUCCCGAACAGGUUCCUGGGGAAGCCGCCGUGGGCAGGCGCAGACGCUGCGGUUCGUGCCACUUGGCAAAUCCAAGCGCCAGGGCUGCUGAUGGGCCUCGUUUCCACGGCUUCCCAGCCCGGCUGCUGUGAAGACACAGUCACUUUGGAAUGGAGAAGAGGAAAUCGAAACAAGUGAGACGAGGAUGACACUAAGACCCAGGAGGUUAAUGAGUGUUUUCAGUAGUGACAUGAGGAUACCUCUUUAAUGCUGGGCUAGGGACAAAAACCCAGUCUCUGCCUCGGAAGGACAUUGUAUCCACAGUCACAGUGAUGGCGGCCGAAGUGAGGAUGGUGCUUUACGAAGACGAUUCUGUGCACGUACAGUAUGCGGACGGCUCCAGGCUGCAGCUUUCUCCCUGUGGCUCUGAAUUUUUAUUUGAAAGGGCACCUCCUGUGUCAGCACAUCCUUUAGAACAACCAGAAAGAAUCCGUCAAAGGACACACUUUGUUAUUAGCACUUACCGAGAGCAACUACAGAGAGCCCUAGAUUUUCGAAACUCUUUCGCCACUUGCCCUUUUUUAUCUGAAAACAUUAUACCUCCUGAAAGAAAAAAGCGUAUCCUCAUCGACAUCCCAGAAGUGAGGUGGCCCAGUCUGGAUACUGACGGUGGCAUGAUAUGCAUGCAGAGCGGCGCCGUGAAGAUACCAUCUGUAGACGGUCAUGCAUACCUCUGUCUGCCCAAAUCUCAGCAGGAGUUUACAGUACAUUUUUUGUGUAAAGUGAGCCAGAAGCCAGGCUCAUCUGUACUAUUGUCAGAAAAAAAUAAUCAAGCCCCAAAAGAACAAGUAGGGAAAGCGGACAGAAUCCGUGCAUAUGGAAGUUUACCAGGACAGAGACGGAAGAAUAAAGAAAACGAACUUCACUGCCAGAUGGUGAAACCCAAAGAACCUUCAGAGGAGAAGCCGUGUGGAAACAGACCUGCAGGGAAGGAGGCGCCGCCUUCGCCUGGCCCCCAGCACAGCUGUGUCCACGCGUGGGUGGAACAGCGCUGCUCUGUGGCCUCCUGCCCAGAGGAAUGGAAAUACCCUCUGUCUUUAGCACUUCGCUUUGGUAAUAGAGUCAGCAGUAUGUCUGGAACUGAUGGAAAUGUCGCCCAGAGCACAGUGUUAACGUCUGCUGCUCCAGAGGAAGGAGGAAAAGAGGUUUCUGUUCUUCCCCAGGCCUUGCUGCUCAGCUGCCCUGUCCCACACCUGCACAGGUGGACUUUCUGUGAUUCCCUUUCACAGGGGCAGGCUGAUGAAGAGGAAUAUUCCUACUCUGAACUAGUGAAAGUGGUUUGGUACAAGGGCGUUACGUACAGACUUACUCAUAAAAAUGUGAACUCAAUAGAGAUUUAUCCUGGAGAUGGAUCUGUUUUCAAAUCAGAAGGAGCUUACUUUGGGAACUAUUUUACAUACUAUUCCAUUCCAGAAGAGAGGAAAGAGAAAAUGUAUUCAGUAAAUAAUCUUCCACCAGAGAGACCAGGAAGUCUGUUUUCUGUGUGCUCUCUAAUUAAACAGGCCACCAGGAUUCUUCACCACUGCGCCAAGAUGAGGCUCUCUUUAAGCCAUAACUAUCGUAUAUGCUGCUGGAAAAUGGCACCUGGGAUAAAUGAGAAUAUGCUGCCUUUGCUUUUGAAAGAAUCAUUCAUACCCAAUGUGGGAAGAUUUCUUGCUUAUUCUGAUGACAAAGUACAUACCAUCUUUAUAGAUGGCAUUACUCUAACCCUAAAUUGGAAAUUUGGCUCUUUUAAUGGAAAAAGACAGAUAAAUCAAGGUCUCAACUUAGGUUGGUGUAAGUUAACUUUUCCUGAUGGACACGAUCAGUUAAUUCAGAUUGAACACCCCGGACCAUAUGAAAGAUAUGUGUCAACAGUAAUAUCAUGGUGCAGAAGACUGACCCAGACCAGUCAGAGAGAGACGCCCAUACAUCCUUCAUCUUCUGUUCUUGAAGAAAAUUGGUGUGUAGCUUCUGAACUUGAAAAAAUACAGAAGUUUAACUUGUUACUGGAAAACAGUGGUGUCCUAAACCAGAUUUCUAACAAGAAAAAUGAACAGUCUUUUGAUUGUAAACCAAACUACUCAGAAACCUUGCUAGAAGAAGUUAAUGAAAAGAGAGUAUCAGUGGCAUUAAAAAGAACCUCUGAAAUUAUUCAGGAUAUUGAUUGUCUUCUAUCAAGCUCUAAAACGUGAAAAAUGAAAUUAUUACAAUAUAUUAUUAAAUUGUAAGGGUGUUUCAAAUCAAUGGUAUAAAAUUACUAGAAAACAAAAGAAUUGUAUAUAUGACUUCUGUAUAAUAAUCUGAGAAGUGAUAUUUAACUUUGGAUGUAUUUUACCUAACAUGUAAAUUUAAAAUGUGCAUUUAUAAAAUGCUUUAUUAAUAAAGAAUUAUUUUGAAAUUUU